CGAUAAUCUCUUCGAUCUCCUCACGCAUUUCAUGUCAAUUGGGUGCCCUGCUAUCUAUAAUCGACUCUAACACACAAGUUGGACAGGGAGCUUUGCAUUAAAAUGAAAAGGUUGGGCUACAAGAAAUCACGCAGUGGAUGUACUCGAUGUAAAGAACGAAGAAUUAAGUGCGACGAGAAACGUCCCUGUACGGCGUGCAUAAAACAUUCAAUACCAUGCAGCUUGGUGGUUUCUAUCACAGGUGAGGAGUCCGUCAGCACAACUUUAGCUGGCCGGACUGAGCCGUCUGACAGGAGUCCAAUGUACGACCGCUUGCCACAUAUCUCCACUGCCCUAGAGCAGUCUGCCGGAACACCUGUAGUCUUGAAUCUUGGACAAGUCAGCAACUUGCACAACCAGGACCAAGAUAUUUCAACAUUUCAGACCGAUCCAUUCGUCUACUUUGCUAGAUUCCUGACCGAGCAUCCGAUGCAGUGCUCCAGUGAUUGGAUUGCCACUGCCGGGUUGAUGCAUCACUAUAGCACCGUUGCCUUUAGCACCCUGUCUGCAAACACAGAAGUCCACAAAGCUCUGCAAUUUGAUGUGCCUCGAGAGGGACUUCGUCAUCCGUUCCUAAUGCACCAGAUUCUUGCUUUUUCAAGUUUACACCUGGCAUUCCAGCAGAAUGACCAUCGCCAGUUGUAUCUUAUGCAAGCUUCUCAACAUCAAAGCCAUGCGAUAACUGGCUUAAGAGACGCCUUAGUCGGCACCAUCUCCCCGAACAACUGUCAUGCAAUUUACGCAACGUCUACCUUCAUCGUCUUGGGAGCAUUCGCCAUACUUCCCUGUUACGAACAACGUAGCUGUUUCGUGUCCACAAUUGAUAGUGUAUUAGAGAUAUUUACACUGAUCAAAGGAAUGGGGGUGAUAGUGUCUAGUACCGUUGAAGAUCUCAGAAGGGGACCUCUAAGGGGCCUUCUCCACAAACCCAAAGGCAAGGAAGGCAGGGCGCCCUUGAAGGAUCUCCUGUCUCAGACCUCUGCCCUGAAAUCCUAUCUUGCAUACACGGAUACGCUCGACCACGAAGCCAGAACAUGUAUGGAUGCGGCAACAUCUGCACUCUGUGAGUGCCUUACUGAAGGGCCUUCUACUGAUGAUACAUUGGAUAUUGAAAAAUUGCGAGCCGUGAUUCGGUGGCCGUUGUUUUUACCAGAAGAGUUUAUAGAGUAUGUUCGACGCCGGCAUCCUGCUGCGGUAACCAUCUUACUCCAUUACUCUGUUAUACUGCAUUGCGCCGAAGCGAAUUUCUGGUUUCUCAAAGGAUGGUCUGCAUCAUUGGUAAAAGCAUGUAAUGACGUACUUGCCGGGACACCUUGGGAAGCAAUUGCCCAAUGGCCAAUUAACGCCAUAACAUAAGGAUGAUAGCGGAUGUUAGCUAUAGUUUUAUAAGACUAAACACUUUUAUAAUAUCACGGUUAUGAAACGCAGGGGCUUACCUAGUAUAAAGUGGAAGAACUCUACUAAUUGUUAGAGAUGAAUGAAGUUUGGUAUAAG